AUGAUAUUAAAGUGGCAGGUGUUGGUGUUCUGCUGUCCGGAGCAGCGAGCCUGUGAAACAAAAGCAGUGCGUACCUCUGUGAUGUAGGAAUGAAGACGAGGCAGAGAAUAAGGAGAAGCUGCCAUUUUCAGUAGCAUACACAAAAUGAAGAAAUGUCUGGCUCUCUAAGAGCCUGUAGAGAUGAAUAAAUGACCUCAGAAGGGAGGAGUAAUGACAAGGGUUGUGUAGACCGGUGUCCCCACUUCAGAGUUACCGUACUGUUUGAUGGCUGCUACGUCUGAUCUGUGCUGUGAUUUUUUUUUUAGCUUUCAGUUUUAUGGCAAAUAUAAAAAAAAAAACAGAAAUGGAGGAGCAGCAUGCUAAGACUGUAUUAAUAAGCAGGUCAACAGUCUGCUACUAAUGAACUGUAUGAGCUAAUUAGCAUAGAUCAUUCAGCAUGAUCUCCUUUCAGCAGCCUGAUCAAGCCUUGAGUAUUGUUGUAGAAGAUGAGCUGUGGAGCUAAAAAUUCACCCUUGGAAAACCUGCAGGCACCUAUCAUUACUGUGCAGGGUAACAAGCUUCUACAUUUCUAGGGGAAACAGGAGUAACAAGCCAAAGACCAGGCCUGCCAUUGCUUGUCAGGUCUUUCUUUCUGUUGCCGAUGCCUAAACGUGUUGGUUGAUCUCGGCAAAGACUGACUUACUUUCUGUGUAUACCAUGGAGAAAAAAAGAAACAGGGACAUUAAGGAAGAAGACCAUGAGUGGGAAUUUACACACUGUCAGGCAAAGAUUUAUGGCAUUGUGGAAGAGAAGAAUUGUAAAGGGGAAACAAAAAUCAUUAAAGAAGAGUCUGAGCCAUCCUCUGGCACCACUGAUCUGCAAAAACACGAAAGUGCAAACUCGAUGAAGACAGAAGACCUUAAAUCGGAGCCAGUCUUUCAGGGUGUGUAUCCAGAUGAAGAGCUAACUGGAGCAGCCUACUCAAGUGGUAGGCCUCACUCCGCCCAGGUGAAGACUGAAUCUUUAGAUUGUGACACGAAGGAGGCUGAAAAGGCAUCAUGUUCUAGGUUUUCAGAUUUACAAGAAGGUGGCAACCUCUCCCCAUCUCCAUUUUCUCAGACUAUUCUUCAUUUCAGACCCCACCAAAAUGAACACCUGAAAAAACUAACUACUGGAACAGAGAUUAGCCUACAGACCUCCUUGCCAUGUAGUGUUUUGUCUGUUAUGAAACAAUCAAAGAUACACAUAAUCAAUGGUCAACAACAAGAAACAAAUUUAGAAUCAUUUUAUGUCUGUCAAGUGCAGAGGAAAACCUCUAACCAAAAGUCUAAAAAGAAACAUAAGUGGAGUCAUACAAAGGAAAAGUUACACUGCUGUUUGGAAUGUGGAAAGCAGUUCUCACAAAUAAGCCAUCUUAAGACCCACAUCAGAAUUCAUACUGGAGAGAAACCAUUUUGCUGCUCGGAAUGUGGGAAAGAAUUCUCUAACAAAUUCAACCUUCAGCUUCAUACAAGAAUUCACACUGGAGAAAAGCCAUAUUGCUGUUCUGAUUGUGGGAAACGCUUUUCUUUCAGUAGCCAUCUUCUGACACACAAAAGAAUUCACACUGGAGAGAAGCCAUAUUGCUGUUCCGACUGCGGGAAACGGUUUUACACCAGUAGCCAGCUUCAGGCCCACACAAGAACACACACUGGAGUGAAACCAUAUUAUUGCUCCGACUGUGGUAAAGGAUUUUCCAACAGUAGCUAUCUUCUGAGACACACAAGAAUGCACGCUGGAGAGAAGCCAUAUUGUUGUUCUUAUUGUGGCAAAGGAUUCUCUGACAGAUACAAUCUUCAGAUUCACACAAGAAUUCACAAUGAAAAAAAGCCAAAUUGUUGUUCUGAUUGUGGAAAAUGUUUUUCAACCAAUAGCAAUCUGCAGAGACAUAUAAGAUCUCACACUGGAGAGAAGCCAUAUUCCUGUUCUGAAUGUAGCAAACGAUUCUCUACAAGUGGCCAUCUUCAGCUCCAUGCAAGAAUUCACACUGGAGAGAAACCAUUUUGCUGUUCUGAAUGUGGCAAACAAUUCUCACAAAUAGGCAAUUUUCAGACCCACGUAAAAAUUCACACUGGACAGAAACGUUCAACAAAAUUCAAGACAUAAACCAACUUGCAAUCUCUGUCCUGUCUUACACCUCUGAAGUCCUAGAAUGGCCACAAAAUGAUCUAUAUAGACUGGACACUAAAAUAAGAAAAUUGCCACAUGCAUAUCAACUAAUAUAUAAGAACCAAUAACGGCACACUGCACGAUAACAUGCAGUGAAUACACUUGACUUGAGUAUUCCUAGUUUUCCUCCUCUUUC